GACGUUACAAGAUGGCGGCUCCCAUUCCAAGCUGUUGGUCGUGGCAGUGCGAUUGUAGAAAUUCAGUGUUUAACGACAACGGUGUCGCGGCGUGAGCAGACGACAUCAUGGUCUCACAAUAGGCCUACUGAAUACAUAGGCCUACCACUUUUUAUUGACUAUCAAGGGACAGUCGGUAAUACAACAAGACUAUUUGGUGCACCUUGCCGUUUGAAACAUGACCUUCCCUAUUUAGAAGAUAAUGCACUUGAAUCUCAUAUUUAAACCAGCUUCACUUGGACUUUUUUGUUUGGGUAUCAUCACAGUCGUUUUUUUGUUGAUACAAACCAGAAAUUUCCUGGUCACUAUUUUUGGACUACCUCAAAAUGAAACAGAAUUGCAUUUCGCUCUCGUCGCUUGCGGCAGAAACUAUACUGCAAGCUCCCUUAACACUUUAAAAAGUGCGGUGCUUUUUACUCCUGAUGGUGACGUGCUUAAGUUCCAUGUUUUUACAGACAGAAGAGAAACCUUUGAGGAAUGGAGGGAACAGUUACCCGUCAAAUACCGCCGUAAAAUCAGAUUAUAUUUGUACAACAUCAGUGAAGAGGAAAAAUCCUUGUCCUUCACAAACGAAAAGGAGAUGAGGUCUUUACCAUGUGCAAUGCAGCGAUUAUUUUAUUCGGAGAGUCUUCGUCAUAUAAACCACGUGAUCCAUGUUGAUACAGAUAUGAUAUUUCUUCACGAUAUCAGAGCACUCCAUGACGAGGGUUUUGCGGCUAUGAACAAAAGUCACGUGACAACGAUGUCACAGAACGGCCCACGUGAUAGGUUGAAUCCGUGGUACAAUAAAAAACGUUACAUACGAAUGCCGUUUUAUCCGCCUGUCGGAUUACAGUCGGGAUUAAUGUGGAUGAACCUGACAAGGAUGAGGAUGACGCGUUUUCAACAAUUAUGGACAGAAGCCUUUGUACAAUAUAACACGGAGUUCUAUCUCCACGAUCAAGAUAUUCUGAACGCCGCUUUUGCGGCGAAACCAGAGAUGGUGAAAAUGCUGACCACGUGUGAUUGGCACUACUGGCUUGCGUACUGUUUAAGUGAGGCGUACUGUACGCCAAGGAAAGUGUACGUACUCCAUGGUAUCAACUCAUCAUUUCACUGGAAAAGCUGUUACCCUUUUAGUACUGUCUGGGAUGCAUUUGAGAAGUUCUCACUGGACCAAGAUAUCGGAAGUCACCUGUUAGAGCCAUUAUUGAAGGCACUUGGAAACCAAACCAAGGAGGAUCAGAAUAAGAACUGUGGCAAAUGCAUAAAUACUCCUACUGAAGCUUUGGUGGGAGGCCUUAGGACCUUGAUAUGAAUGCCAAGCUUCCACAUGACCAGAAACUUAUUUCCCCAGUCUCACAAACAAUGGAUAUCAUUUAUUAGAUGCUAAAGACAGGAACGGUUAUUUUCGCAGCAGUUUUAGACAACAUUUAUAAAAAAACUUCUGCGGAUUAUCGAUAAUUAAAUAAGAUGAAAAAAACAAGUAUAUUCAAGAAUGUCACAUCAGUGACAAUUACAAGGGUGUUCUACCGGGAGUAAAAAACACUUCUAAAUAUGGUCAAUGUUUAGUUUCAAAAGCACGUUUCACCAAUGGAAAAAAACAGUAAGUGAUUCAUCGAUCUCAUGAGCAAAUAAAUAAACAAGUGUCAAAGGAAUAGGGGAUGGAUGUGUACUUAGUAAGAAGUGGAAAGGUCUUAGACUGAAGUGACAUUUGCCCUUUGCUAAAUGUACGGAUUCAAACCGCACAGCAUACAUUGUAGCUUAUGGUAACUGGUAUGUCUAAUCUGGGCUAAGCUCUCCUAAAAUAACAUACCAUGAGGUUUUAUCUAAAAUGUAUGGUUUUCAGCUCGUUUUCACCACACAUUUAAUACUUAAUUUUAACGGCCUUGUGUUCAUAGCGCAUUGGCUUUAUAGCAAAGUAGCAUUUCAUUUAAACACAACCCAAGAGCACAGUAGGUGUACAUAUGACUUAACUAUAUGGCGAGAAUACUUAGUCAUUGAUAGUAGUGUACCUACAUUUGUCCA